AUGGAAAUCAGGAUGGUUUUUAUGGUUUCUCUGUUAUUGGCAAUGGUUUUUGGCCUUGCGAAGAGCUUAGAGUUCACAGAAAAAGACCUGGCUUCUGAUGAGAGCUUAUGGGACUUGUACGAACGGUGGAGAAGCCACCACACUGUGUCUAGGGACCUCACCGAGAAAAGAAAGCGUUUCAACGUGUUCAAGGCAAAUGUCCUGCACAUUCACAAGGUGAACCAGAUAAACAGGCCAUACAAGCUGAAACUCAACAAGUUUGCUGAUAUGACCAGCCAUGAAUUCCAGAAUUAUUUCAGUUCUAAGAUAAGACACUACCGGAUGCUUCGAGGCAGUCGGGCUGUGACGGGAUUCAUGCACAAAAAGGCUAAGAAUCUGCCAGCAUCGAUUGAUUGGAGAAAAAAAGGGGCUGUCACUGGUAUCAAGGAUCAGGGCAAUUGUGGCAGUUGUUGGGCAUUUUCUGCUGUGGUUGGAGUCGAGGGGAUCAACAAGAUUAAAAGUGGUCAGUUAGUGUCUUUGUCUGAACAAGAGCUGGUCGAUUGUGAAAAGGACAAUGAAGGCUGCAAUGGAGGACUCAUGGAAAAUGCAUUUAAUUUCAUUAAGAAACAUGGUGGAUUGACGACUGAGAGAAUAUAUCCCUACAGAGCCAGAGAUGGAAACUGUGAUUCUGCUAAGAUGAAUUCGCCUGCAGUGAUAAUUGAUGGGCAUGAAAACGUACCUGAGAACAACGAGAAUGCAUUGAUGAAAGCUGUUGCAAACCAGCCGGUAUCUGUUGCAAUCGAAGCUGGUAGUUCUGACAUGCAAUUCUACUCCGAGGGAGUAUUUACUGGAGAUUGCGGCACAGAGCUAAACCACGGGGUAGGGGUUGUUGGAUAUGGAACGACGCUUGAGGGGACUAAAUACUGGAUAGUGAAGAAUUCAUGGGGGACCGAAUGGGGAGAACAGGGUUUCAUUAGGAUGCAACGCGAUAUCGAUGCUGAAGAGGGACUAUGUGGCUUAGCCAUGGAUGCCUCUUAUCCCAUCAAGUCAUCUGCAGACAACCCGAAACCACCAAAGGAUGAACUCUAG